AUGACAUCAACGUCGGCGGCAAUGGUAACAUCGCUGGAAGUGGUAACACCAGACUCAAACACUGACGACCAGGGGACAUUUUCCACAGUUGUCCUGUCGGAUGCGCUCGUCACGCAAAGUGCUCCGAGCACGCCAAUUCACCAUCGCGAAAUCGCUGAUCAGGAAUUCAACAAUUCUUCGCAAAUGGCGCUGAGCACUCAAAAGCCACCCAACGACUAUUAUCGCGUCGGCAUUGGCACUCUUCGUGAUGGAAUUUUCGCCUGUUUCAAACCGGUUUGGGGCAUUUUCGGAAGACAGGAUAUUCCAGAAGUUACGCAAAGCAAACCGGAAGAUGAUUGGGAAGUUCCUUUCGACGCCAUCAACGAACUUCAAUGGUUAGGACAGGGCUCGCAAGGCGCAGUGUUUCGAGGAGAGUUCAAAGGAAAAAUGGUAGCCAUCAAAAAAGUCAACGAGAUCAAAGAAAUUGAAAUCAAACACCUUCGACAUUUGUCGCAUAAGAAUAUAAUUGAUUUCUACGGUGUUUGCUCGCAGAAGCCAUGCUAUUGCAUUAUAAUGGAGUAUUGCCCUAAUGGAGAACUCGGUCAUUUUUUGAGAAAGAAUAGGGUUGAUAAAUCCACGUGGUCAGGAUUCGCGAGGGAAAUUGGCGAGGGAAUGCACUAUUUGCAUAGUAACAAAGUGAUUCAUCGCGAUUUGAAGACACCAAAUAUUCUUCUGAGCGCUGAAAAUGUUAUCAAAAUAUGCGAUUUCGGUACGUCACAAUACCAGAAUAAGGAUGAUUAUACGGCGAUGUCGAUUUGCGGAACUGUCAACUGGAUGGCUCCAGAGAUCUAUAAAAAGGAGCCGUGCAAUGAAAAAGUCGAUGUCUAUUCGUUUGGGGUUGUUCUUUGGGAGAUGCUCACUAAAGAGCAACCUUAUGCAAAUAUUGCCCCAAUGGCUGUCAUGUAUGGGGUUGGCAAAAACUAUCUUCAACUUCAAAUGCCUGAGAGCGCACCUAAAGGAUUGGUGCUUUUGAUCAAGCAAUGCUUGUCAAUGAAGCCUCGCAAUCGUCCAUCCUUCGGCCAUAUCCUCCAGCAUCUUGACAUUCUGCGGCAAGAGCUGGCGCAGAUGAGCGAUGACGAGUGGUUUGAACGUUGUGAUGAAUGGAAUCAUUUUGCAAAGAACAUUGUUUAUCCUUCAACGAUCACUAAGAAAAACGCAAGCCAAAUCGAAGAGGAUCUGAACAGAAAAAGAUCUGAACAGCUGAACCAUAUCAAGGAUAUUCGGUACAUGUAUGAGCAAAAGCUCGAAAGAGCCAAGAAAAUGUGCAAGAAGAUUCAAGGCUGUUUCGAGGAAUUGAAAUUGAAGGAGACGGAAUUGUUGGAAUGGGAAAAUCAUCUGGCUGAACGUGAAGCAAUGUCUCCAGGAAUGCACAACUGUCGCGCCAAUCUGUAUCCCAACGAAGGAUUUGAAGAAUACUCAUCUGACGAAGAGGUCCACAGCGAGUACUGUCGUGGGUCGCCGUAUCGCUGCAGUCAAGCAAGCAGCUCAUCAGGAGCGCACUCAGCCUCCCAGUUUUCAAGACAAUCGUCUUGUCGUAGCUCCGCCGGUUUAAAACGGUUGCCAGAAGGAGCGCCACAAGGAUGUUUCCUUCGUGGAGAAAAUGGAAAAUCUUAUUGGGAGCAAGUUCGAGGUAGUCCGGCGCGCGGAAGCGGCUAUUCGCAAGACAGCGGCAUGUGGAGUCCGGCUGCCAGUUGCAGCGUACUCAACACCGCUGGACAACCGGUUUGCUAUGCUCAAACAAUUUAUCGCGGUUGUGACGGAAGAUGGUCGGAUGGUCGAAUUGCGCAAAGGCGAAGGACUCCCGGCCUUCCGAAGAGAUCGAGCACAACCUUCCAGCGAGAUAGUCCGGCGAGAGUACCACAUGGUUCGAACUUUCUUCGAAGCAGCAGCAAAAUUCAUCGCCAAUCGUAUCCGGUGGUCGCGUUAUCCAGAAAUACGCAGCCGCCAGAGGGCGAAAUGUGUGCGUGCAAAGGGCAGUGUUGUGGAGGAGCCAGAGCAAAAUCAAUGGGUCCUCUGCCGAGAGCUCGAUCUCCGACUCCGUAUGAUAACCCAACUGAGCUUAAUGUUACCGAAUUGAUGCCUGUCUCAACUUCCUAUGACGAGGCGUUGAAGUCGGCUGGAGAAGCGCAGGAAAUCACAGCGAUUCAUUUAAACGAGCGUAGUCCGACAAAAUUUGUGAGCUGCAACAAUCCAAUCUACACACCGCCGAUUACCACUUACAAUAAUCCGAUUCGACAAUUUGACGUUGAAGAGAACGCGAAUGAUAUUGAUUUGAUGUCAUCGCUUGAUUCGCGACGAAGUCCCGCUGACGACGCGGAUGUGUCGGAAGAAAGCAGCAGCGACGAGGAGAAGGAGAAAAAUGGAAACAUUCUCAAUAUUUCAAUGGACUCACGUAGCUCAAAAGAAUCGGAAGAUGAGAUAAUUCGCCAUCGUAAUUACGAUUUAAUGGAUACCUCGCACUCGACAAUGAUGUCGUCGCUGGAGAGAUCGUUGGAGAUUGGAGCAACAAGAUCUGAUGGAUUAAGUGACAACGAGCGCAAAAUUCAACAUUUUAAAAACUCGAUAAAGUGCCAUAGAAGGACUCAUUCGAAUCCACAAGCAAUAAUUCAUUCGGUUAUUGAUGAAACGUUGUCGUCCUCUGCAGAUACCGACAGUGAUGAUGAUGCCGUUGAUAUUUGA